CGUCAUGCCACUGGUCGUUUCAGGGUGUAUGUUAAAUAUACAGGAAGCCUGAGCGCGUGUCGCCAAAGGGUUGUUCAGUCCACUGCGAUACGCGUAGCCGAUGCAAUCACUAUCGUACAAACAUGGUUUUUAGAAAUUGAAGAAACCGGGAAAUCUGGACGUCGUAUAACACCUGCAAUUUCAUUUUCAACAAUACACAAUCAUCCUACAUCUACUUUGAACUUUAAUCUGGUGACGAGGCCUGGCUAAGUGCAUCACACCCACGAUGGCAACCGAAAGCACGCCGUUGACCAAUACUGAUGACGUCACACCAGUAUCGGGUUCCGAGUACAUAUCGCUGUCGAAACAUGAAACUGACCGCACUCCGCCGUGCCUGAAACCAAGAUGUUGCGUGUACGCCGCACUGCUGUCGUUGGUAUUAAUGGCCGUUAUAGUAGGCACGUCAUAUUACGUGGGCCGAAGUCAAGGUGACUCUAAAGUUAUUCAAUCUGCCCCGACAGCGAUGGUGGACACGUUGUUGCAGCUCAAAUGGCCCUUACAAACAGAUGAGGGAAUAACGGUGACAUCAAUUAUUCAGAGGACCAUCGUUAUAAAUGCGACCGGGGACGACUUAAUGUCCGUGGUGGAGGGAGGCUACAAAAGUUUGAAAGCCAAAGAGGAUUUGGAAAAAAACUUUCCGACAAUUGAUGGCGGGACUCCAUCAUACCGUCAUCAGCAAGUGAUGAAGUCCGGCCCCGAAUCGAUAAGAAUCGCGCGGAACGGUUACGUCGAAAACAUCGCGACUGAAAAAUUGAGGCUACUGUUAAACGUCACGAAAGACCAGAACGCUAUGAUAUUGGCGGAAAACGUGACCGUUUUUAACAACACUGAGUGCACCAGUCCCGAACCGGUAAUCUGUCCGCUCCAGAGUCGGUACCGAACAGUGGAAGGUAUUUGUAACAACAUCUUUGAGCCGCUCAAGGGUGCAGCGCUGAUGCCAUUCCGCAGAGUGUUGCCGGCUGACUAUUCAGACGGUGUAUGGAAACCGAGGAAAGCGACGGACGGUUCGGAAUUGCCAUCAGCUAAACAAGUCAGCGAAGAUGUGCACCGACAGUCGUACGAAGAAGAUCACGAUUUUACCGUCAUGCUGGCGGUUUGGGGUCAGUUCAUGGAUCACGACAUAACUGCCACCGCGUUGAGUCGAGGACAUAAUGGAAUGUCUAUUUCGUGCUGCAGUUCGGUGGAUGAAAACUUUACGCAUCCCGAAUGUUUUCCAGUAAUCGUACACAAAGAUAAGAAAGAGUGCGGAAAAUGCAUGGAGUUUGUGCGAUCUUCGCCGGCGUCUACUUGUGGUUUCGGGCCCAGGGAACAGUUGAACCAAGCAAGCUCGUAUCUAGAUGGUUCGUCUGUGUACGGUAACACUCGCAAACUGCAAAAUGAUCUAAGAUCGUGGACCGGUGGACGUAUGAAAGUGUUCAUAACCGAGAACGGCGAACAGUUAUUGCCGCCUAACAAAGAUCCGUUGGACGGAUGUAACGAAGAAGCGGAAAUGAAAAAAGGCCGUUACUGCUUUUUGUCCGGAGAUGCCAGAUCGAAUGAAAACAUGCACCUGACAACUCUCCAUUUAAUCAUGGUACGUCAGCACAACAUGAUUGCCGGUCGAUUGUCGUCCCUAAAUCCACACUGGAACGACGAACAUAUUUUUCAAGAAACCAGACACAUAGUCACCGCUCAGAUUCAACACAUCACGUACAACGAAUUUCUACCCGUAUUACUUGGCGACAGUCUCAUGAAGCGCUUGGACUUGUACUCUCAACAAACAGGUUAUUGGAACGGAUACAAUUCUUCAAUGGAUCCAACCAUCAGCAACAACUUUGCUACCGCGGCCUUUCGAUUCGCUCACACGCUUAUACCGAGCAUGAUGAAGUUUCUUAAGGACAACAACAGCAAUCCCGAAUUUGUCGAAAUGAGGAAAAUGCUGUUCAAUCCGUACAGACUAUACACGUGCGGUGGCGUGGAUAGCGUAAUUCGUGGAGCGAUGAACACAAGCGCCGGGAAAUCUGACGCGUUUUUCACACCCGAAGUCACCAGACAUCUGUUCGAGAAAAACGACGGAUCGAGACGCACCAGAGGACAGUGUGGAUUGGAUUUAGUCGCACUGAACAUACAGAGAGGCCGUGAUCACGGACUUCCGGCGUACCCGCGGUGGCGCGAAACGUGUGGUUUUCCAAGGCCACGGAGUUUCAACGAUUUAGAAGGGCAUGUCGAACCGGCAACGCUGCAAAGAAUAUCAAAACUAUACAAGUCGAUCGACGACUUGGACCUAUACACCGGACUGCUUUCGGAAAAGCCGUUGGAAGGAAGCAUCUUGGGACCGACGAUCACAUGCCUGUUGGCCGAUCAAUUCUUGCGGGUGAAAUCGGGCGAUCGUUAUUGGUACGAAACGAACGAGAAACCCCAAGCGUUCAACGAAGAUCAGCUGUCAGAGAUCCGGAAAACCACGUUUGCGGCAAUAAUUUGCGACAAUUCCGACGAAAUUGAAUCCAUUCAACUGCACGUGAUGCACAGCAACCGGAAAGUCGGAAACGGCAGAGUUAGCUGCGAUAGUUUAAUAAAAACGUCUCUCGACCCAUGGAAAGAAGAAUACGACACGACCGUUACAGCGGCCCCUGCUCGAAGCCCGACCACCGCCUCUUAGGACCCGUCCGCCACCGCCAAUGCAGUCACGAUCAGUAAUAAUAAUAAGAACAGAUCGCAGUCGGCCGACGUUCUAUUCGACAACUGUCGAAUCCACUACUGCAAAUCGAUGAUACGGGCCACAUGUGAAGACAUACAUUUAUUUCAAGUCGAGUAGCGCAAAAAUACUUUUUAAAAACACCUACUUUAAACAUAUUACGAUAUUAUGUAUGAUAUCAUUGUAAAUACGCGUAGGAGCUCGCAACAUACGGCACAGAGUUUCGUGAUCGUAAUAUUUUAUUUUUACUAUCUAUACUCACCAAAGCUCCUCUCCUUUCUCUCCAGCUUACGUGAGCUUAGCCCCUUAAAAAAGAAUAUGUUUAAGUUAUAGUUUUCUUUAUAAUUAUGUGCAUAGAUAGUUUUUUUUUAAGACAAAAUAUUAUGUUCGUACAAAAUCAAUAGUAAUUACUGAUUAGUGAUGACUGAUAUGAACGAUGAUGAUUGAAUAGUAUAUUGCGUCCAACUUUAAUCUUGGAAAAAUAUAAAGGCUGUCAAUCUGCUAGUAAACUAAUAACAAAAAAAAAAAUUAAAAUAAAACAGUAACUGUUAAUAUUACAUGUGUUAUGAUUGAACUUGAGAGAACGUCACGCCCGCAUGUGUUGUACCCGCCGUCUUGCUAUAACUUAUUACCAGGGCUGGGAUUUGUAUGCAAUAAAAAAUUGUAAAAUAAUAUACAUUUUAUUUACCAAAAUAUGCAUUUAAAUUUUUAUAAGAUAAAAACAAAAUUAUAAUUACAAAAAAAACUAUUUAUUUAUUGAAAUACGUCAGUGAUUGGCUGUUUGUCUUAAUUAGAAUGAUCGAGAAAUUAAAAAAAAAAAUUAAAAAUUAAAUUUAUAAUUCACAUUCAACACAGUGGAAAUACGUAUUGCAUGCUACGAUCACAUACUUUUUUUAAAUUUUCGAUUAUAAAUCAUCGGCAAUUGGAUCGUAGUAUUGAUUUAUAUUGACUGAAGAUUUUAUCGCAUACCUAUUGUACCAUAAAAUUGUAUUUAUAAAAAUAAAAUUUAUGUUUGACAAAAAAACAAAGUUUUAUACUUUAAUCAGCGCAAGACUAUAAUUAAAUAAAAAAUAUUAAUCACUAAAUAUACUAUAAAACAUGCAUUUUUUGUAUUCUUAUAAUCGAAAUAUGCAAUAAUAUGCAUUUUAUCCAAAAUAUGCAAAAACGUGCAAAAUAAAAACACCGCAAUUUAUCUCAUCUUGAGGUGAUUCGUGGACAUAACUGACAAAAUCAAUAAUCAGAAGUUUCAAAAAAACAACAUGCCGUUGCAUAUAAAUCCUAGCCCUGUUUAUUACGUACAACAUAUAUUGUGUUAUCACAUUUUCGUUAAGCAGUGCCAAUUUUGUGCAAUAUUUAGUUGGCUUUGAUAUUCGAGUAAAUUAAUAACCAAUUAUUAUUAAACGUAAAGUUAAAAACGUAUUCUAUGGUUUGUUGGAAAUGUUAUUUCGAUGUUAAAUAUGUUUUAAUUUCCAAGCAAGUUAUAAGCAUUUAACUAUUACAGUUUUAAAAUGUUCAUAAUUCGCUUCCUCGUUAUUGAGCACCUUGAUGUGAUAGAAUAUAAAUAAAUACACUAAUAUCAAAACUAACGGAGCUAAAAUAUGAGAACUGCUGAUCGUAAUAUUUUACUGUGUUAUACGCACGGCUUGCGAAACGGAGACAACAUAUUAUCAAAUUUGCAUUUAACCGUUCCAAUUUUAUGUUUAGUCGUUUUUGAUGUUAAAGUUUAUUAUUUAGUUUAAUUACUUAAAGGCAAGAACAUUAUCUGCGACCUCCCGCUGGUUUUAUACAAGCGAGUUAUGAGAAUUUUUAAAUUUUACUACUUUACAUAGUUACGUACUAAUAACUCGCUUAUAACUUAAAUUAUCGUAAGAAAAACCACCGAGAAAUAAUAUCCUUAUAUAUGUGGGCAUAUACUAGGUAUAAGUUGACUUAAAUAUUUAAGUUUACUACAUAAAGUUGGAAACGUGGAACUUAUGAACGUGAAUUUGUCAAUGUUUUAUGUUUGUAAAAUGGAGACGUCAACAUUUGCGAGAGUGACGUUCUAUUAAUAAUAAUAAUAUACAUUAAAUAUUAAAGAUUAGAGCUAGGGCAUUUAUUUAUUUUUUUUAAUAUCUAAAACGAAGAUAUGUUGCUAUAAAAUCGAUUUAUACUACUUGAGAGCGAAUGCACAACAUUUUAUUUUGCAUUUUUGCCUUUUUUUAUUUAUUUUUUUUUUUAACGCUUUUUUGAGGUUUUUAGGUACUUUGUUUGCUUUUAAGUAACAUUUUGUAAUAUUGUUUUCAAAACUUGUUCUAAAUACGUUUAUUUGAAAGGUUAGCAUUUAUUUUUAUAUUAUAUUAUAUUUUAGUGUGUUCCGAGGACAUUAUUCAAUCGAUUUUAUCUUGUUAUGUUUGAUUAAAUUUAUUGAUUUAUCGAUAAAAGUAGAUACCUGUUCGGUUUCUUAUUGACAACUUUUUGUCGUGUGUCAGUCAUUUAUUUUUAUAAAUUAUCUUAAACACAAUAAAUUCAAUUUUCAGAUUAACUGUGAAAGAAGAAAAACAGCAAUUAGGCUUGUGAAUAGAAAUCCAUUUUAUCAUAAUACAUUUUUUUAAUAAUUUAAUAAGAUAAUGGCUCAAAAUAAAUUGUUUUUUUAAGCUAUUUCAUAAGGUUUAUAGAGGUUUAUUGCUUUAUUUUAAGUUCUUUUCUUUAGUUUCUUAUUGCUUCAAAAUACGUUAUCUAUUAAUAAUAUUUAUAGUAUUUUCAACAAUUUUUAUACAAAAUAAUUUUUCGCGUUUUUUUCAGUUUAUUGCCUCUAAUAUACAAUAUUGAAUUUAACCCUCAUUCAAAAAAUAAUAUGUGUUUAUAUUAUAUAUAUAUAUAUUCCGAAAUCUCUGCUUAUACGAAACUCGCGCCGAUUUCCAAGCGAACACGAUGCGACGCCUUCAUAUAAUAAUAUUAAAAAGUACUUGUAGCCUAUAGGUAUUAUAAUAUUUUAUCCAAUGUUAUAAUAUUUCAUGAUAAUUGGGCAAUACCAAAAAAAAAAAAAAAAACCAUUUCGUCGUGAUUGAUUAUUACGAUAACAAUAAAUUAUAUGAUGUAUUUUACGGUACGUGCCUGCUAUCAUUAUGGCAGUAAUAAUAUAUACAAACGUUAAAAAAAUGUAAUAAUUCAAAGUGAACGUUUACGUUUUCAAUAAUUUCAAAAACAAUUAGAUGAUGAGACUCGUCUCGUAAUCAUUUCUUUGAUGUGCGUUCUUUGUGACUAUUUAUAUUUUAUAAAAACGAUUUUUCCGACAUUAUACAUCGUAUGAGAAAUAAUAAUAAUAAACAAAAAUAAUUGUUAUCUUAGUGCAAUUUUGAAAAUUACGA